AUGUUCAAGAGAAUCCUGAGUUAUUUGCCAUCUCGUUUGGCAUUCACUACUUGUCCUCGUCCUGUGUUAUCUAGAGGGUAUGCUGCUUUUAAUCGUGCUAAGCCACACGUGAAUGUCGGUACGAUUGGUCACGUUGAUCAUGGUAAAACUACUUUGACUGCUGCCAUUACUAAAGUCUUGUCUGAAAAAGGUCAAGCGGCCUUUUUGGAUUAUGGCUCAAUCGAUAGAGCUCCAGAAGAAAGAGCAAGAGGUAUCACUAUCUCUGCUGCCCAUGUUGAAUAUGAAACUGAUAAAAGACACUACGCCCAUUCAGAUUUACCAGGUCACUCUGAUUAUAUCAAGAAUAUGAUUACUGGUGCUUCUCAAAUGGAUGGUGCAAUUAUUGUUGUUGCUGCUACAGACGGUCAAAUGCCACAAACUAGAGAACACAUGUUAUUGGCAAGACAAGUUGGUAUCCAAAACUUGGUGGUCUACGUCAACAAAAUUGAUACCAUUGAUGACCCGGAAAUGUUGGAGUUGGUUGAAAUGGAAAUGAGAGAAUUGUUGGCUUCUUAUGGAUUUGAUGGUGAAAACACUCCAGUUAUCAUGGGUUCUGCUUUGUGUGCUUUGGAAGGUAGAGAUCCGGAAAUUGGUGUGAAAUCUAUCGAAAAGUUAUUGGAUGCUGUCGAUGAACAUAUUCCAACCCCAGAAAGACACGCAGACCAGCCAUUCUUGAUGCCUGUUGAAGAUGUGUUCUCCAUCUCAGGAAGAGGUACUGUUGUUACUGGUAGAGUCGAGAGAGGUAGCUUAAAGAAAGGUGAGGAAGUUGAAGUUGUUGGUGAAAAAUCUUUCAAAGCUACUUCAACCGGUGUGGAAAUGUUUAAAAAGGAAUUGGACGCUGCCAUGGCUGGUGACAACUGUGGUAUCUUGUUGAGAGGUGUUAAAAGAGACGAAGUCAAAAGAGGUAUGGUUUUGGCUAAACCAGGAACUUGUACUCCACACCAAAAAUUCUUGGCUUCCAUUUAUAUCUUGACAGCCGAAGAAGGUGGUCGUAGCACCCCUUUCGGCGAGGGUUACAAACCACAAUGUUUCUUCAGAACCAGUGACGUCACUGCUACAUUCUCUUUCCCCGAGGGUGAAGGUGUUGACCACUCCCAAAUGGUCAUGCCGGGCGAUAACAUAGAAAUGGUUGGUACUUUGAUCAAAAAGGCUCCAUUGGAAUUGAACCAGCGUUUCAAUAUUAGAGAAGGUGGUAAAACCGUUGGUACAGGAAUGGUCACGAGAAUCAUCGAGUAG